AUGUCCGGCCGCGGGAAGCAGGGCGGGAAGGCGCGCGCCAAGGCCAAGUCGCGYUCGUCGCGGGCCGGGCUGCAGUUCCCCGUGGGCCGCGUGCACCGGCUGCUGCGCAAGGGCAACUACGCGGAGCGCGUGGGCGCCGGCGCGCCCGUCUACCUGGCGGCCGUGCUGGAGUACCUGACGGCCGAGAUCCUGGAGCUGGCGGGCAACGCGGCGCGCGACAACAAGAAGACGCGCAUCAUCCCGCGCCACCUGCAGCUGGCCAUCCGCAACGACGAGGAGCUCAACAAGCUGCUGGGCAAGGUGACGAUCGCGCAGGGCGGCGUGCUGCCCAACAUCCAGGCCGUGCUGCUGCCCAAGAAGACCGACAGCCACAAAGCCAAGGCCAAGUGAACACCACCUCAGGAUUCUCUUUGCUAUUCUUUGUUUGUUUGUUUUCUUCAGAGGAACAUAAUCCAAAGGCUCUUUUCAGAGCCAUCCACAAUGUUCAUAAAAGAGCUUAGUUACCAAUAUUUUCUCAAUUGAAUAUGAAUUACUCAAGGCGGACUUUGUUUUUUAUGUAUAUACACACUUUAUUACCGGAAGUUCUGGGUUUGGGAAAAUAGCAUUGUUCUCUACUUUUGUCGUAA